AUGGCAAGUGUUAAUCAAAGUGUCGUUAUUCAAGAUUCGUACAUUCUGUUCAAUUGUUCAAAUGGAACAAAUAUCGGCGGACCGUACAAUAUUACAUGUAAUGCAAACAAUACAUGGAGUCAACCCUGGCCAUUCUGCCAAUUGACAAUCACCCAAAGUCUAUCGACAUUACCUUGUCCGUACUCUUCAGCGAUGUUACAGAUUACAAAUGGCUAUGCAGGUGAUACGUCAAGACUUAGACUUGUGGGUUCUGGUACACAAUACAAUGCAACGGCAAAUUCAGUCAUUGGAUAUACCUGUUUGUCUCCGUACAUGGUUGAUCCAACAAUUGGAGCGAAUGUGACAUGCGUCAACGGACAAUGGUCGCCUUCUACAAUGCCGCGAUGCAUAUUGCCUGCUUCUGCACAACCUUGUCCGUACUCUUCAACGAUGUUACAGAUUACAAAUGGCUAUGCAGGUGAUACGUCAAAGCUUAGACUUGUGGGUUCUGGUACACCAACGACUGCAACGGCAAAUUCAGUCAUUGGAUAUACCUGUUUGUCUCCGUACAUUGUUGAUCCAACAAUUGGAGCGAGUGUGACAUGCGUCAACGGACAAUGGUCGCCUUCUACAAUGCCACAAUGCAGUACGUACUAA